AUGACCACCAGUUCGAAUUCCUCCUGGUUUGACCAGGCUCGUUUCAUUCCACCGGAUGCCAUAUUCGCUCUCACGGCCCAAUACCUGGCCGACACCUGCCCGCAGAAGGUGAACCUGGGCCAAGGGACGUAUCGCGAUGCCCACGGUCAUCCGUGGGUGCUCCCGUCAGUAAACAAAGCCCGGGAAACAUUACUGGCGCGCGGAUUGAACCACGAAUAUCUCCCCAUUCUCGGACUGGCAGAUUUCCGAGAGGCGACGGCCAAGCUGGUCUUGGGCUCGGACUUGUUCACGGUGCAGCGAUCCCGCGUGGCCACCUGCCAAAGUCUGUCCGGCACCGGCUCUCUUCACCUCGCAGGGCUACUCCUGCGCGCCUGUCACGACCGGCCGCCCAAGGUCUAUAUCCCCUCGCCCACCUGGUCGAACCACCACCAGGUCUUUGGCUCGCUAGGCUUCCCCUGUGACAGCUUUAAGUACUAUGACCAUGAGACGAGAGACCUGGAUCUGCAAUCUUACUUCGCCAUGUUGGACCAGGCGGAGCCGAAUUCGGUCGUCAUCCUCCACGCCUGCGCCCACAACCCAACCGGCUGCGACCCCAGUAAGGAACAAUGGCGGGAGAUCGCUCGGCGUAUGAAGGAGCGCCAGCUCUUCCCGCUCUUUGAUGCCGCCUAUCUCGGAUUCAACUCGGGCAACCUUGAUGAGGAUGCCUAUCCCAUUCGCCUGUUCAUUGGUGAGAUGGGCAUGGAGGCCGGGGUGUGCGUGUCAUUUGCGAAGAAUAUGGGUCUUUAUGGCGAGCGGGUUGGCUGCUUCUUGCUCGCCACAAACACCACCGAGACUGCGACAAAUACACAGUCCAUGCUGGAGAUGCUGCAACGAUCGGAAGUGUCCAACCCGCCAGGAUUUGGCGCCAAAAUUGCAAGCCGGGUUUUGGGAUCGGAUGAACUAAAGCAGAUGUGGUAUGCGGACAUGGUGACCAUGAGUGAUCGGAUCCGCUCCAUGAGGACGGCCCUAUACAACCAUCUGAACACAUUCGAACAAUAUCACGUGUACAUGGCCGAUAAUUCCCGCAUCUCCAUCGCAGGCUUGAACGAGGGCAAUGUCGAAUACGUGGCGCGAUCUAUCGCCGAGGUCUUGCGAGCGGAAUCAUGA